GUUAUCGAUGCGACUUCGUUAGGCUGGGGCACCAGAGUGAAAGGCUUCAUCGCUUGUUUUGCAAUCGGAUGCCUGUUCUCGCUCUUGGGUAGCUGUCUGCUAUGGGUACCAAAGAAGGGGCUGGUACUCUUCGCGGUGUUUUACACGCUGGGGAAUAUUGCGUCCAUUGGGAGCACUCUUUUUCUUAUGGGACCAAUGAAACAGCUGAAAAGGAUGUUUGAGCCUACACGUUUGAUUGCUACUAUUGUCAUGCUGUUGUGUCUCAUACUAACACUGUGUUCUGCGUUCUGGUGGUCUAAGAGAGGACUCGUGCUCCUUUUCUGCAUCUUGCAGUUUUUUGCCUUGGCCUGGUACAGCAUUUCCUUCAUACCGUUUGCAAGGGAUGCUGUCAAGAAAUGCGUUUCCGUCUGCCUGUCCUAA